AUGUUGUUGUUGUUACUGUUGCUGCUGCUGUUGUUGUUGCUGUUGUUGUUGUUGUUUUUGCUAUUAUUGUUGUUGCAUAAAAAUGAGUUUAAUUUCUACAACCACAGCCACAAAAACGUCAGCAGCAGCAAUGGCUACCACUACUACCACUACCACAGCAAUCAUACAAUACGCAAGAGAAACGCCGAUCAUGAUUCUGGUAGAAACAAAUUCGGUGGGAAGCAUCCAAUCUAUAAGUCUGACAUAGUACGACUUGUGAAUGGUGAUAGGUACCUUAAGAAUUACGGAUUUUUCAAAAUUCUUAGAGACGAUGAAUUCGGUCAAAAGAAUUGGCACAGCAUGUGCGGGCAGAACUGGACAGCCCUUAACUCAGAGCUGGCCUGUAGGGCUCUCAACUUUGAGAGGGGUGAGUUAGUAGAGAGUAUGUUGGGCAUCUCCGUCUACAAAGAUGAUCGUAGAGACAUGAGGCUGCUCAAUUGUACUCUUGAGCACGAAACUUUCGAGGUUUGCUAUGAGGAAAUGAAAAACUCUAGCGAAUGCAAAGAAGAAACGUUCAUCCCGGUGUUUCUCAUGUGCUUCCAUUCGGCGGGCAACAUCUUCUUCUCGGAUAGGAACAAAACAACCGACGGCCUGCACAAAGUUGUUUACGACGGUAUUGACACGAAAUCAUACUUCAAAAUAAGCGCCGGAGAUUGGACCCAGCAAAAGACUGACAUACUGUGCAGACUUCGCAAAUACACUCACGGCCAGCCACUCUUUAAGGUAAAGAACAGGAAAGAAACAAUGGUGAAAUACUCGUGCACUGAAGAUGACGACAACGAUUUUUACGAAACCUCCUCUGCCCGGUAUUACUCCAAUGACGAUUACGGAUUGGACGAAAGCAGGUCAGGUUUAAAAUCCGAGCUGACAUUCAGAAGGUGCUGGCGAUAUUUGGUCUUGGACAAUCACUACGUGACCACGCACUGCUACCGAUCUUUUGUGCUGCUGAUCAGCGACGACAACAAACUCAUCGCCAUCAAUCGCCGUAAUGCUGACGUCAUAAAUAUAACCUUACGCUACCAUAGACCAAUCAAAUCGAUCCACGUUAAAAACUUGACCAACGUCAAUUACGACUGCGAAGAAUUAAUAAUAGUGGACGGUGCGGACAGCGAGUUGACACUGGACUUCACGGAACCUCUCUUUGCAGCAAUGGUCUUCGCCCUGAAAGAUGACACCUCAUACACGUUGAGGUAUACGAACAUGUGCCCAGCAAUGGAUGUUUUCAUAUUCUCCAGCAUUGAAUUCAGGGCCUACCUAAGUCACCAUUUAUCAGUAACAUCGGUAGUCAUGAAAAUAAAAUGGUCCUUCGUGCCCCUGGCGACCACCCUACUCUUCAUCAUCUUCGCAGUCUUUAAAGCCGCAUCCAAAAAAAUUCCAGCCACCAACGGAAGCCAGCCACCACAGAUGAAAACAUCAACAACUUAUUCAAAAACCGAACGUAAUAGAUUUAGUAAGAAUAAAAAACAACAAGAAAGUAAAGUAUCUACUGGUAGUACGGUAACAGUAGAUGCAAGACAAGUUUCACGGAAUAUAUAUGCCAACUACGUUUACCAGCCUCUAGUGAAGACGAAAAAUGCAAGACAGAAGAAUAAAUCUCGUUGGAAAGACGAGCUGAAAAACUUUAUCGCUGCUAAAAAACUUCCGAGUCCAAGCGUCUUGGAUAAGUCUAACAACUCUCUUACGAAUGUUUCAAACAAAGGAGAAUAA